CAUCACACAACACAUUCAAACGACCAGCACUAGAGGUGCACGUUGAGCAAGCGUCUAAUUUGCCGACAUCCCUUUCUGGUUCAGAUCCUAACAUCAGACACCGCAAGCACAACAUACGUACCCGGCCCCCGCCACCGAGCACCUCCACCGGCCAUGGCUAGCCCCAAGGUCCAAGAGGCGCUGGACCAGGCUGCGUCAGCAUCUGAUCAGACGGCGUUCUUCGAGUCGCUCCUUUCAAAUCUCAAGACCAUAUCAACACCGCAGUCAGUGGCGGCCGACUUCAGAGACAUUGCCGACGCCUUCCUCGCGAGCCCAAACUUUGGCAUCGUCGCCCAGCGCGCCAUCCUCGCCGCCUACAUCACCGCCCUCGGCAGCUUCGACAAUGCAGACCUCACAAUCGAGGUCGGCCAGCACGUGCUGAACCACCUCUCGUCACAGUCACACUCGUUUGUCGACCAGGGCGCCACGGUGCGGGAGCUCAUGGCGGACGCGCACGAGAGCAACGAGGACAACCUCGAGGCGGCGAAGCUGCUGGCCGAGAUCCCGCUCGACAGCUCGCAGCGCAAGGUGACCAACGAGGACCGCGUCAAGAUAUGGGUGCGCAUCGUGCGCAACUACCUCGAGAUUGACGACACGACCACGGCCGAGACGUACCUCAACAAGCUGCGCAACAUCAUCUACACCGUGUCCGACCCGGCGCUGAACCUGCACUUCAAGCUCAGCACCGCCCGCAUCCAGGACGCCAAGCGCGAGUUCCUCGCCAGCGCCCAGGCCUACCACGACAUCAGCCUGUCCCCGGCCAUCAGCGACGAGGAGCGCCUGCACACGCUCAGCAUGGCCGUCAAGUGCGCCAUCCUCGCCCCCGCGGGCCCCCUGCGCAGCCGCACGCUCGGCCGCCUGUACAAGGACGAGCGGAGCGUCAACCUCGACGAGUUUGGCAUGCUCGAGAAGAUGUUCUUCGACCGCCUCCUCGCCCCCGCAGAGGUCGACAAGUUCGCCCAGGGCCUGUCGCCGCACCAGCUCGCCACCACGAGCGACGGGUCCACCGUCCUCGCAAAGGCCGUCGUCGAGCACAACCUCCUCGGCGCGUCGCGGCUCUACAGCAGCAUCGGCUUCGAGGCGCUCGGCACGCUGCUCGGGCUCGAUGCGGACAAGGCCGAGGACACGACGGCGCGCAUGAUCGAGCAGGGCCGGCUGGUGGGCAGCAUAGACCAGAUCGAGCAGGUCAUCUACUUUGAAAACCGCGAGGCGAGUGGCGAGAAGGGCAGCGGCAGGGCAGAGGUCACGAUCGGCAAGGAGAUGCGGCGCUGGGAUGCCAAUGUGCAGAGCCUGGCUGAGGAGGUUGAGAAUAUCACCAACGCCCUGCAGCGCGAGUUUCCGGACUUUGUUGCUGCGAAUCUCGUCGUAUGAAAGCAGCAAUUAGACCAAGUCGUUAUUGCAUGAGCAUUUAGUUGGCAGGCGUUAAAGGGUAUGGAAAUGAUAGCAUGGUCGGUUCCUCUAUUUCAUGUGACCGGACACUCGCGGCAAAUAUAUCUAAAAGAAACAAAAGAGAAU